AGUGAUCACUGUUUAAAAACACUGAUAAAAUUCAAGAAUGUGCCAAUAAUAACUCCCUCAUCGUGGGCUGAGCUGGAUUUCCAAAGCACCAGAAGCUGAAUGCUGAUCCUCCAGGAAAGAUGGUGAGCAGGGUGCCAUUGGGGGCCCUCAGGACCACCUGACUCCAAACCACAGGACCGGUCCACGAUAAUUGACAAUAGGCCCCCACGGAAGUCUUCUCAGCAUUUCUGCAAAAAUUUAGCAAACAUUAGGUUUGACACCAUCACCAUGUUUGCCAAGACAGCAAAAAUCCCAGCCGGCAGAACUUUGAGCGUGAUGAAGUGGAACAGAGAGGACAGCGCGGAAUGAGUGAUCAUUUCAGGAAAUCUUCUAGCAAGAGUUUCCAGUGUUGGGGUUUCGCAUCGUCUUUGCAGGAAGAGCGGUACGGAAGGUCCACUCUGGGGCCAGGCUGCGGUGAUUGUGAGUGAAGACAUCCGGGAUGGCUCAGGGAUCUGGGGAUCAAAGAGCAGUGGGGAUUGCUGACCCAGAGGACAGUUCUCCAAACAUGAUAGUCUACCGCAAAAUUGAAGACAUCAUCACAAAGAUGCAAGAUGACAAGACAGGGGGUGUGCCCAUCAGAACAGUCAAGAGCUUUCUCUCCAAAAUUCCCAGUGUCGUUACAGGUACUGACAUUGUGCAAUGGCUUAUGAAGAACCUCUCCAUCGAGGACCCAGUUGAAGCAAUACACGUGGGAAGCCUUAUAGCUGCCCAGGGCUACAUCUUUCCAAUCUCGGACCACGUUCUCACCAUGAAGGAUGACGGCACCUUCUACCGUUUCCAGGCCCCGUACUUUUGGCCUUCAAACUGCUGGGAGCCUGAAAACACCGACUACGCCAUCUAUCUCUGUAAGAGGACAAUGCAGAAUAAAGCGAGGCUGGAACUGGCAGACUAUGAAGCAGAAAACUUAGCAAGACUCCAGAGGGCCUUCGCAAGGAAGUGGGAAUUCAUCUUUAUGCAAGCAGAAGCACAAGUGAAGAUAGAUCGGAAAAAGGACAAGACAGAAAGGAAAAUUUUGGAUAGUCAAGAACGGGCCUUUUGGGAUGUGCACAGGCCAGUGCCAGGCUGUGUGAACACAACAGAAAUGGAUAUCAGAAAAUGCCGGCGUCUGAAGAACCCGCAAAAGGUUAAGAAGUCAGUGUAUGGUGUGACUGAAGAGUCCCAGUCGCAAAGCCCCGUGCACAUACCCAGUCAGCCAAUCAGGAAAACUACAAAAGAGGACAUCCGGAAACAGAUAACAUUUUUGAGCGCACAGAUUGACAGACAUUGUUUAAAAAUGUCCAAAGUGGCUGAAAGCUUAAUUGCUUACACAGAACAGUAUGUGGAAUACGAUCCAUUGAUCACGCCGGCCGAGCCGUCCAAUCCCUGGAUCAGCGACGAUAUCACUUUAUGGGACAUAGAGAUGAGCAAAGAGCCCAGCCAGCAGCGAGUCAAGAGAUGGGGCUUCUCUUUCGACGAGGUAUUGAAGGACCAGGUGGGGCGGGACCAGUUCCUAAGAUUCCUGGAGUCCGAAUUCAGCUCCGAAAACCUCAGGUUCUGGUUGGCUGUCCAAGAUCUCAAGAAACAGCCCCUGCAGGAUGUGGCCAAGAGGGUGGAAGAAAUCUGGCAAGAGUUUCUGGCUCCAGGGGCACCAAGUGCGAUCAACCUGGACUCUCACAGCUAUGAGAUAACCAGUCAAAAUGUCAAAGACGGAGGGAGAUACACAUUCGAAGAUGCCCAGGAACACAUCUACAAGUUGAUGAAGAGUGACAGCUAUGCCCGCUUCCUCCGGUCAAAUGCCUACCAGGACUUGCUGCUGGCCAAGAAGAAGCCAGAAAGUGAGCAAGGUCGUAGAACCUCCUUAGAAAAGUUCACUCGCAGUGUGGUAAGUUCAGCUGGUUUUCUUCCCUCAACGUUUCUUCUGGGUUGUUUUUUUUUUUUAUUUUGUUUCUUCGGUUGUUAUUGUUGUUGUCGUCGUCGUUUCCUUCGAGGCGGGAGGGAGUCUAGCGCUUUCCUCACUCAAUACACCCCUUUUCUUUUGCGAGCGUCUGCAGCUUCUCUUCUAGGGAUGGGUUUGCGAGAGACCAAGCGGCUCCCUCUGCAGAAGGUGCACACACGACCGCCCUGCCUCGGGCCUUGCAUUCGAUAUUCGGCUCAGGGCUUUGGGGAGGAGGGACCGUGCUGCCCUUGGGGCCGCUCGGCCUGUGCAUCUUCUGCAGCAGCCCAGGGAGAAGGCCAUCGAACUGUACCACGAACUAAAUUGGCUCAGAGCCGUAGCUCACCUGAAAAAAAAAAAAAAAAUUCCAAAUUUCCCUCUGUGAAUGAACUCUGGCAAUCGCGCAGGUGCAGGUCGCGAGCUGAUGUUGCUGUGUGGCGGCUUUUGCGUGUGCAGAAGGUGGCCGUGCUGCAUGGGUUCUGGCGAUGCAGUCUAGCUGGCGUGUGUGUUAGUGGCCUCUGCAUGAGUUCCGACAUCCGUUACAGCCCCUGUCAGCCUCAUCCGCGUAGCGUAACAGGGAGAGGAGGGCAGUAGCCACCGAGGGGUGGAGGAAGAAACAAGUCCCUGCCUGGGCUCCCAGGGGCAAGGCCUUGUCCUGAUUCUGAUAGAGGGAGUACAGGUGGGCUACAAGUUCACUCUUCUUGUAGGGAAGUGGCCUAUUUCCCAUGCACAUCGAGAUUCGAGGGUUGUAGAGUGCAAGAGUGGCAUAUAGGAAACCCCACGGUAACAGGCGAGAGUGCUGAACGAGUAGGUCUUCCCCAUGGUGCAUAGUAGAGGUUCUGUACUGUGGUCUGUAGAACAGCACAGACCCAUCUCUCCUUUUCAUGCCAUUCUCUCCAAGAUUCGAGCGUAGAGCUUACUGUACAGGAAGGACUCGUUCUCACGCAUUCACUUGCUCAUCACAAUGAGCUGCUGAGUUCCUGGGACCCAGCCUGCGCUGUUAACAUCAAGCCAGUGGGAACCAAAAUGGCAGCCAGGGAACAGGAAGGCCAUGCGUGGAACUGGCCACACUUCCCUUCCCAAAGGACAGAAACCCACUGAUGCUGAUUUGCCCUUUCCCCCACUCCCCUUUCUCUGUUGAGGAGAGUCCUUGUAAACCUAACUAUCGUGUGAUUAGUAUCUUUAUUUCAUCUUUUUAACAUAAAUUGUAAGAAUUCUGGGCUGAAAGCAACCGAGUCAACUGCCUGUCACAGCCAGAUGCAUUUUAACGGAAUUUAAACAUUAUUUUGAAUUUGCUAGAUGUGAUCAUCACAAUAAGUGUAGUAGGUGGCAAUUAAAAUAUGGGUGCUCAUCCCUUCUUUGGUCUUCUCUAUGGGCUUUCCUCAUGAGAAAUCAGAACUUGCAGAAUGCAAGGCCUACUGGUCCCCCGUGUGUCUUUGGCGGCUGCUUUGCCACGGCUAUGUGGCUUCACACACUAACAAGCUGCCACAGGCUGCCAGAGACAAAGCCUUCUGGAGCUUCUCCACCCCUGAGGCCCUGCGGAGAGUGGUGGGAACCUGUCCCUCCCUAUUCGUUUUGAGGACUGCAUGCUGUGUGUAGACGAUGUUUAAGAACUUUGUUGAAGAACCCAGAGUAUACCGUGAGGCAAGCUGGACCACUAGAUGCAAACGCAGGGCAACAGAACUCUCAGAGCCCCCUGGAAGCCCUUCACGUUGACCUUGUGGGCCGAGGGUGGGAGAGAGGAAGGCUGGUACCCAGACAAGAUGCUCAAACAUCUCCAGGCUGCUUUUUAUGAGAAGUGGGUAUCAGGAAAGGCCUGAAUGAUCUCAGUGAAACUCUGUGAAGAGCUUUUAAUGAUGCCUCUUCAACCCAGAAGUAGCGUUGGGUCAGUGGUCCUCCAAAGUCUGUUAACAAAGCAUGUGGAAUGAGAAAGCACCAGACAUCUUCCCAGCGUCUCAAGUGUGCAGGGAUGUUUUCAAGGCUGGCUGAAGGAGAAAAAAAAUCUUCCAAGCUCCUGAGAUUUUUCGCAUCUAUAUAAUAGAAGGGCCAAACUUCAAACAAAAAGUUUCUAGAUUCCCUUUCAUGAAGACUCUAAUGGGUGGUGCCUUCCAAUCUCUUGGUUCCAGUGGCAGAAAUGGAUUUGCAUGGAUGCGUCCGUGUUCCCAGUACUCCUGCGACAACACCACACACCCACAAGAUAUGGCUGUGUUGGAGGAAAUGGCCUAUGGCUGUAGAAUAGUGGCAACCCUCAGAGUACGUGAGGCUGGAACCCAAGAACUUGGUCUGAACAGCCCAGUGUUCCAAUCAAAUGGAAUUAACCAACCAACCAAUAUGCCUUGCAAUCUGAGAGCCAUUUUUCUGGACAUAAUAUACAUAAAAUGCUAGAUUUCUCUAAAAGAAGGUCUAUGUGAAUAUGUCAUCUGCUGUAUACUGCAAACUAUAAAACUCGUUGAAAGAUAGUUCAAUAGCAUUCUCACGGUGCUGGGAAAUAUGUAUAAAAAGGCCCUCCGUGUCAUGGGAUUAAUAUGAAACAUGAAGGAGUGAAGGUAGGCAGUUCAUGGACCAAGGAUAUGAGGCCAGCUGCCAUUUAGGACUAAUUGGUGGCAAGAAACGUUAAUCCAGGUGGUCGGGUAGUUCAGUCAGAUAGUCUCCCAUGGUCAAUUUCCUUUCUUUUCUUGGUAAAAGAAGCUUUGGAGAAAGCAGAUUGUUCCUUCCAAGUCUUAAGAUGUAUUAUGACGUGGAGGGAUUAUCUGUUAAAGGCCAGACACGGCCCCUUUUACAAGAGAUCCUGGGGAGUAGUUUAAUGUGGUUCAUGGAAGCUGCUAGGGCCAUACUAGUUUGGGUGCAGAUACCUCGCAAUCCCAAUAGAGGCAGUGCUGUGGGAGCUUCUCCUUCCAAUGGAAAUUCAUUCGGAGUCACCCAGAACUUGAAUAUACAAAGCCAAUGUCUGGGGAUAUGCUGUGCCGAGCAUCACGUAGUUGGGUUCACUGGAGCUGCAGAGCCUUCACGAAGCUCUGCUUAUUUGACGGGAAAGACCCAGGUUCAAGACCAAACAUAGCUGAAAGUCUAUGGCAUGGUGCAACUAGCCCAUGUUAUACCUUCAUUCAAAACAGAAAACAGGACUCCUCUGAUGGGCCCAAGCCCCACAGAUGCCCAGCUGGACAAGCACAGCGCAGGCUGGAGUUCAGCCCCUACUCGACCUUCAGCUGCCCUUGUGUAGUGAAUGACCCACACCGCUGUACAUGGUGGGUCUGAUCCGAGGAGCCCCAGCUGGAGAACUAUAACACAUGGCCGCCUCACAAGGGGGCGGCCCACACACGGAUUCAGAGCCUGUCUCCCCUAGUCCUAUGCACUGGGAAGCUCCCUUUCACAACGGCUGUAAAAUAUGCAGUAGGAAGCAUCUGGCAUCAUCGUGGGCCGUCUCUCCAUCACCUUCCCUCUCCUCCUCACAGUCCUCGGCCGGAGCCCCGGUGUUGCCCACUGGUGGAACAGGGGCUUCUCUGUGGAGGGAGAUGCCAGUGCCCGGCCUCCUGCCAUUCUCCGCCAUCCUCCUGGUUUUGCUGUUGACAGACGACAUGGAGGGUGGGAGGGUGGCCAGAGCCGAAAGUCCCACGCUGUCCCCUUGCUCUCUCUUAGGCUCGCUCAUCCCCUCAGGCCCUGCCGCUAGGCUGACUCUGACACACAGGCCCCGGGAUGCAUAGGAGGAGGGUGUGAAGAUGCAAACGCGCCUUUGGCCAAAGGCUCAGCAGCAGCCAUCUGAUUGUCCCUCUCUGGGUGGUGGCCGAAGCCACCUGGCGAGCACUCCAGCCUGGGGAGGGGAAGCUAGAGAAGGUCCUCUUCCUUCUUACCGUCCCAUGGAAGAGGCCACAGGGGGGUGAUGCACUCGAGGCAGGGGAAAUGGCAGCCCGAGUGACACUGGCAUCAGCCUCCCUUGAGGCUUUCACCUAAGCCGCAGCUCCCUCGGCUGUAGCCUCAGGCUCCAAAGCUGGGAAAUGGGGUUGCAGGUGCCCGAGCACGCACUGGAGGCCACAGAGGAGAGAGGAGUUGAGGACCAGGGGUCCACCCGCCUGAGACAACAUGGCCAUGGAGCUUUGUCAAGGUGCUCCUUAGAGUUGAAGCCACAGGCCCCGCAGCUGAGGGAGCCUGGCAUCUCGAAACAGGCGUUUCCCUCCUGCCUGCCUGCCAAGGAAUGCAGCCGGAAAGUCAGAGACCCGGAAGCCCUGGGAGCCAGCUGUCACCCGCCCUCCCCCUCCCCUCCCUCCCUCUGCCUUUCCUCCCUCCCUGGCCAAAAGAAUAGCUAAUGAGAGGGGAAAAGUCAGCAGCCCACCUCCACUCCUUCACAGGCAGCUCUGCAGGAAGAACCCCCACCCAGCUCCAGGCCCGAUCAGGAAGUGGAAGGCUGAGGCUCCUGGCAGGCGAGGCAGCCGGCAGACAACCAGGGUGCUCCAGGAACAGAGCGGGGGUCAGCUCCCUCCCCAGGAGGCUGGUCCCCCCACCCAAUGCCUCCGCAGUGUAUCAUGGGAAACAGCCUCCCACUCUGGUGGAAUGAGUUCUCAAAUACCUAGAUUCAGCAGAGCCCCUCGAAGGGCUUCGACCUUAGUCAAAAAAAAAAAAAAACCAAAAACCCUUUUGGGCCUCCAGCAAAGGACUACCGGUUAAAAAUCAUUACAUGGGGUUGGUUUGGAUUGCAAACAGUCCUUGAGCCCCUUUGGGACCACUGGGUCAGACUGUUGCACUCGCCUCUCCCACGCCAGUGCCCCGAGGCCCAGCUGUAGUGAAACCGCAGCCCGCCUAGACGUGGAAGGGGACUUGCAUAGUGGCAUUUGGAAAGGAAAGCGUUAAAACCUGCCCCUCUUGAGCAGUGAGGACUUCCGGGACCGGGUGGAACUCGUCAGCAGCCCCCAUGCAGCGGCACCCUGCUCCUAGCUUCAGCAUGCUAGCUGUGCAGCCUCAGGCAAGUGGUCAGCCCUCUCUGAGCCCUGGUUUCCUCCUACGUACAACAGCUUGGACUAAAUAAUCUCUACAGCCUGCUCCAGCUGGGAGUGCCCAUAGGUCUGUGCUUCUUUCUAGGCUAGGAUUCCUGAAUUGUGCCCAUCAUCUCUCAGAAUGAGCAAAGAGUCGCCUUCCUGCUUGGAAAGUGGCUGCGAGCCUUGGAGACCGGGACAGAAACCAUGGAGAGCAUGGAGUUGGAUCUGGACUUAAAAGCCCUGGGCAAGGAUGUGAGGAUAAAGCACUAGCAGAACUAAGGGUGCCACCGGCUAUCUAAGUCAUAGGCCUGCUCCAGUCCCCAGGGCUCGCUCACACAGUGUGACCCCUGGAGAGCAGGAAGGGAGGGGUCACCAGAAAUAGGGUGGGCAACACAUGCGGGUCACCCCUGCCAGCUCUGGA